ACAGUUUUACAACUUUUGCAGAAACAAAGAUGUCUAAUGGGUGCUGUUAUUUUGCCUUAUCGCCUGUAGAGGUCGUGCUAGUGGACUGAUCCUCUCGGGAGGGGGGGGGUGUCCUGUUUGCAAUCAGCGGUGCAAGUGAGCGCUCCUCGUCGUUCAUCUCGUUCAUCUUCAAAACCGUCUGACACACACGGACACACACACAUUCUAUACAACCGAACCAAGAUGUUCUGCAGACGGGCAUGGCAGAGAGUCGGGCCGCUGGCACGGAGGGCUUUCAAACCCCCAUCCAGAAACACAGCUCCAGUGCGACACAUGGCCUUUGGGGUCCCUGGUGGCUCCACCAACAUGACAUACUUUCUCCUGUGUGGAGGAGGCCUCACUGCUGCAGUCGUCUAUGCUUAUAAGACAGUCAAUGGUGACAGUGAGCACUAUGAGGAGAGACUGGCUAACGUGGGCUCCACAGCAAAGGCCUCUUCUGAAGCAGCACCAGAGGCAGCAGCUCCUGCAGCUGAACCCGCCCCAGUGGAGGAGGCAGCGCCAGCUGCUGACGUCAUCGCUGAGUCUGUCCCUGCUCCUGCAGAAGCAGUAGCAGAGACCUGCUGA